AUGGUGAGCAUUCUUUCUGUCAGCGCAUUCAGCCGGUCAAAGAGUCAGCUAACAGAUCAGGGAAUUGAAACUCCGGCAUUCAUCCUCGGUGCUCUCACUGCUGGUGGGGGAACUUUUGGAUACAUCAAGACGGGCUCAGUUCCAUCAAUUGCAGCAGGGGUUACGGUUGGUGUGUUGUAUCUCAUCGGUGGUUACCGCAUCCAAACCAAGCAGCCAUAUGGAGUCGAGCUCGCACUCCUUGCCUCAAUCGUCCUUGCUGGUUCCUCUAUCCCAAGAGCUUUGAAGAGCCAAAAGCCUCUGCCUACGGGAUUGAGCUUCCUAGCGCUUUAUGGCCUCUAUACAUUUGGCAAUGCAUUCAGACAGAAGUUGUGA